UAUAUAAAAAGGGAGCGUCUUUAAGAGAUGUCUGUAUUUACUUGGAAGCCGAAAGUACGUUAGUUCAACAAAGUCUCAUUUUUCUUACUUUUAAAUUCAAAACGGUUUGAAAUGUACUUCCUCGUGUCUUGCCUUCAUUUAACCACAGCUCGUUUUCACCUGCUCUAAACACCUGGCCGCUGCAUGCUAAGGACUAUACGAUAUACUUUUUGAACAGUAUAUGAGGAAAAUAUCAGAAAGAUGAAUGCUUUUAUAACAUGAAAUUGUGAACAAAGAAUAUUGUUUUAUUUACAUGCCAAACAUAAUCAACAAUACAAAGAGUGGUUGUAAUCUUUAGAGACUUUACAAGUUUAUUUGAACUUAUUCAAGGAUGUUCUACAAAUUCCAUGAAGCGUAAUCAAGGAAGACUACUUGUGGUAGUGUUUCUUUCAAAUUACAGACAGAGAAAAAAAUCUGGCACCAUGUUUAAAAGCUUGCUGAUAACUUGCCAGGUAAUGAUCAUCAUUAGACUUCUCCUCACAAACAUCUCAGCUAACUCAACAGUGAUGUAUGGCAAUGAUGAAGUGAGUUCACAAUGUUGCACAGUGGUCAAUGUCAGUGAUGUACUUGUAGUCAACUGUUCCAGUUUGAAAUGGACGUUUGUGGUCCUUCGAUGCUUGCCAGUUUCUACGGAAGUACUGGUCCUGGACCAUAAUAACCUGACUGCACUGACUAAUGGUUCUUUCCACACGUUGGCCUUGCUUCGAGAACUUAGCAUCAAGUCGUCAAACGUUCAUCGCAUUGAGGUUGACGCAUUUCUUGGUCUAAGCCAACUACGAAAUUUAAACCUAGAAAAUAAUCUCCUCAGGGAUGACGUCACUUCCUUAAGCCCUAAAACAUUUAGCCAUCUUACAAAUCUGAAGCAACUUUUGAUUGGCUAUAACCUCGGCCUGUCCAAAAACGUGAAAGACGCUUUCGUUUACUUGCGGAACUUGUCUACCCUCUCAAUGGACGGUUCUAAAAAGUUACACAUCGGAUCGGAGUUCUCAUUAUUGACCAACUUAUACAAUUUCACUUUGUAUUGCACGAAUGUAACAAUAAUACCAAACGACAGCUUCGUAGGACUCUGGAACUCUAGAUUGAAAAUACUAAAUUUGAUCGGUUUUGAUAAUUUUACUGUUGACCCGGCAGACUUCGAUCCUGAUUAUACAGAGUUCAAUGAUGACGCUUUACAAAAUCUGAACUCUCUGGAGACCCUGAAAAUCGUCAACUGCAGAAUUGGAAAUGAAAACAUGGCCAGAAAAUUCAAACAUUUUAUCAAUUCAUCCUUGCAUACAUUAUACCUUGAGACAACACAUUAUACAAGAGACUUUUAUACGCCGAACUUAACUCUUGAAGACGGAGUUAUAUUAAAAAGUACAGCCAAAUAUUUAAGUCAAUUAACUCUUACACAUUUCUCCUGGGUUGACAGCAAUAUUUUCGCCAUAGCACCGGGAGUUGUAUCCAGUCCACAGUGGAGACACAACAUACAAUAUUUAGAUUUCUCUAAAAACAUGAUGGGGUGGUUGGGAUGGAGAUACCCGCUGCUAGAAGCUGUACUGCUUCAGAAGUUAAAAGAAAUCAUUAUUACAUCCCUCAACCCGGAAAACGACGAUUCAUUCUCUUACCUAGGGCUUCAUACUUUACGGAAAGAUGUACCAGUACCCAGUUCAGUAUGUUCAGGACUUAACCACAAACCUAACUUAAAUGAAAGAAAUAUAAAUCACAAUUUUGGAAGAGAGGAUUCGAGAUUCGAUACUAACUUAAACAUAGUUUUAAGAAAUGCUGCAUUUUCUAAUGCCACAAUAAUCAAUGAACCUUUGAAGAAUUACUCAACGUUUGAAACUAUUGCGUUAUCUGAAUACACAACAAGAGCUGAACUUGGCUCCAUUAGUGAGCGAGCGCUUUUUAGAUUUUCCAAAAAUCCUCCCUAUCCUGGAAAUUCCGGCACCUGGACAUUCAGAAUGCCUCCAGCGUUGCGCGUACUUAAAAUUAUGUACACAUUCAGAGGAGAUAACAACUACGGAAACCAAAGCUUCCGAUUCUUUCAAAACGCCAAAGAAGCUGCUAACUUGACACAUUUUUACUUCGUUGGUAACAGCGUAAGCCGAUGUACAGGUCGAAUCAUGGGACUGACCAACUUGCAGUUUUUAGACUUUUCUGAAAACUCACUUAUGGUUUCUUCGUUUUUUUUCGACGACUUCCCCACUGUGAGAUUUCUUAUACUGAGAUCUAUGAAGAACGAAGAGUUCUUUCAACGUCUGCCUAUCGACAGACUCAUUUAUAAACUCACGGAGCUCAGAUAUUUAGACCUCACUGACAAUAAACUCAAUUUCUUACCUACUAAUUUAUUUGCAAGAAAUCCUCGCAUUAGUCACGUGAUUUUGUCUAAAAAUAGAUUUUCCAAAUUACCCCUAUAUAUGGGAUUGGUUUUGAACUUAGAAUUUCUUGAUCUGUCUGGAAACGCAAUCAUUUAUUUAACACAAGAGGAGAUGUCAUCUCUGACGAAACACUCGGAAAAUGUUCCGGAGUUCUAUCUAGCCCUGGCAGAAAAUAAUAUUGCCUGUGUGUGUUCUCAGAUACAAUUUAUAUUCUGGCUUAAUAUCAGCGACUUUUUGGAUAACAAGGGAAACUACUCAUGUACAUCCCAAGAAGGACAACUUAUUACCACUAAUACGUUGUUACUAGACUUCAUAGGAUUUUACAGAAAUUGUUAUGGCUACAAUUACUUAAUGAUCUCCAUCGUUUUACUGCUCGUGAUGUCCUCUACUUUCCUGAUGGCCUACCUCGUACACAGAUUUAGAACCGCCAUAGAAGCUUACUUGGUAAGGAUCUUCAUCAAGGCUUUUCGACCAAUGAAAUCCAGCGACUACAAGACACACGUUUUCAUUGGAUACGCUGAUGACGACGUCGGAUUUGUCAGGCAUAUUUUAUUGAGGUAUUUGGAGGAAACACUUAAAGUGACCACGUUUAUCCAUCAUCGUGACCUGUGUCCAGGCUACACUGACCAACAGAUGUUUGAGGCCAUGCGAGAUAGUUGGAGGAUACUGUUAGUUAUAACAAACAGCUUUCUGGACAAGUACGGCCUCUCCGAUAUUGUUAUGAAGUACGCCAGCCAUUCAGUGACUCCAGCCAAUCAAGGACGUGUAGUGAUGUUGGUUUUACAAACUCAACUACAUAACAUACCUGGCUACCUAUAUGAUGUCCUGGAGGAUCGGCGAAUAAUUGUCCUGUCUGACUUGACAACUGACUUGGACUAUGUACAGAGACAAGCAAUUAAAGAAUGUCUUCGCGAUACUUAA